GGCCGGCGCGGGCAGGUAAUCCCGAGCGGGCUGCGGGGCCGCCACCCUCCGUCCGACCCAGCCCGAGCCCGACCUGUCAGGCUGGCCGGGCAUGUCCCCUCGGCGCCCUGUGCGACCAGGGCCAAUCUCCGCCGGGAGACGGGUCCCGGACGCGGGGUGUUCAUAAGAAUGGAAGCGCUGUUUCCUUGCCAGAUUCCUUCAUGCUAUAGCUUGUGAACCUACAUAAUCUUGAGGAAGAGCCUAUAUUUAAUGAUGACACACAUGUCACCAGCAUAGCAACAACAGUGUGAGGAAAAAAACAAAAAUUAAGAAGGAUUCAGAUUUAUAUUCAACGAGGCAACCAUUUCAAUCAACAACUUCUGCUGCGUUAUUUUUCCAAGAUGAACCGAUACACAACUAUGAGACAGUUGGGGGACGGCACGUAUGGGAGUGUGCUUAUGGGCAAGAGUAACGAGUCUGGGGAGCUGGUAGCCAUCAAAAGGAUGAAGAGAAAGUUCUAUUCUUGGGAUGAAUGUAUGAACUUGAGAGAAGUUAAGUCUCUGAAGAAACUUAAUCAUGCUAAUGUUAUUAAAUUGAAAGAAGUUAUCAGAGAAAAUGACCAUCUUUAUUUCAUAUUUGAAUAUAUGAAAGAAAACCUCUAUCAAUUAAUGAAAGACAGAAACAAGUUGUUCCCUGAGUCAGUCAUCAGAAAUAUUAUGUAUCAGAUAUUGCAAGGGCUGGCUUUUAUCCAUAAACAUGGCUUUUUUCAUAGGGACAUGAAACCAGAAAACUUGCUUUGUAUGGGUCCAGAACUUGUGAAAAUUGCUGAUUUUGGACUUGCAAGAGAAUUAAGGUCACAGCCACCGUACACUGAUUAUGUCUCUACUAGAUGGUAUCGUGCCCCUGAAGUUUUGCUGAGAUCUUCCGUGUACAGCUCUCCCAUUGAUGUGUGGGCUGUUGGAAGUAUCAUGGCUGAACUCUAUAUGUUAAGGCCACUUUUCCCAGGGACAAGUGAGGUUGAUGAAAUCUUUAAAAUUUGCCAAGUUUUAGGGACUCCCAAAAAGAGCGACUGGCCAGAAGGAUACCAGCUGGCAUCUUCUAUGAACUUCCGUUUUCCCCAGUGUGUUCCUAUAAACUUGAAAACUCUGAUUCCCAAUGCCAGUAAUGAAGCUAUUCAGCUCAUGACUGAAAUGUUGAAUUGGGAUCCAAAGAAACGACCAACAGCAAGCCAGGCAUUGAAACACCCAUAUUUUCAAGUUGGUCAGGUAUUAGGCCCUUCCUCAAAUCAUCUGGAAUCAAAACAGUCUUUAAAUAAGCAGCUGCAGCCAUUAGAAUCAAAGCCAUCUUUAGCUGAAGUAGAGCCCAAGCCUCUACCAGAUGUAAUUGAUCAGACUGUUGGACAAUCCCAGCCAAAAACUAGCCAGCAGCCACUGCAGCCCAUUCAGCCGCCACAGAACCUGAGCGUCCAGCAACCUCCAAAGCAACAGCAUCAGCAGAAACUGCCGCAAACGCUAUUCCCAAGCAUCAUCAAAAACAUGCCAACUAAGCCAAAUGGCACACUGAAUCAUAAAAGUGGUAGGAGGCGUUGGGGCCAGACUAUCUUCAAAUCUGGAGAAAGCUGGGAAGAGUUGGAGGACUAUGAUUUCGGAGCCUCCCAUUCCAAGAAGCCAAGCAUGGGUGUUUUUAAAGAAAAAAGGAAGAAAGAUUCUCCAUUUCGGCUUCCAGAGCCGGCACCCGCAGGCUCCAACCACUCACUAGGGGAAAACAAGAGCUUACCUGCUGCUACUUCCCUGAAGUCUGAUUCCGAAUUGUCAACUGCUCCAGCCUCUAAACAGUACUACUUGAAACAAUCAAGAUAUCUUCCAGGUGUGAAUCCCAAGAACGUGUCCUUGAUAGCCAGUGGAAAGGAAAUAAACCCCCACAUGUGGAGCAAUCAGUUAUUUCCUAAGUCACUGGGACCCGUCAGGGCAGAACUUGCUUUCAAAAGGAACAAUGCAGAAGACAGCAUAAUUAAACCAAUUGAAAAACUAUCAUGCAAUGAAACUUUUCCUGAAAAAUUAGAGGACCCACAAGGAAAUCUUGGAAGUUACGCUACUUAUAAUCAGUCAGGAUAUAUUCCUUCCUUUCUCAAAAAAGAAGUGGGGUCAGCUGGCCAGAGGAUCCACUUAGCACCUCUCAAUGCAACAGCUUCAGAAUAUACCUGGAACACAAAAACCGGUGGGGGGCAGUUUUCAGGACGUACUUACAAUCCUACAGCAAAAAACCUAAAUAUUGUGAACCGUGCACAGCCCAUUCCCUCAGUGCAUGGGAGGACAGACUGGGUGGCUAAGUAUGGAGGCCACCGGCACAAAGAUGAAGCUUACCAGCUGGUUCCCCCAAGCCAACUCAUGCUGCUGACCACUGACUCAGCUCUGACCUUCACAUUUGCUCUAAAGCAAGUGCGUUCAGCUGCUGGGGCAGUGAUUUCACAUAGUACAUAUAUUAUUUUCUUAGUUUAUUUCCAAACUGGUAUUUUAAAUAGGCACUUUGAACUUUGCACUACUCUGUUUAAACUUGCAAUUUCUGGACUGGAUAGUACUGUAUAUUCUUUUUAAAGAAUAAUAAUGUUAUCAACUGCUGAGAUUUUUAUGUAUUUUGUGACUUUGUAACAACUGCUAUUGUAAUAGGUAUCACCUUGUGGGCAUUAUCCAAAGGCAUAUUAUAAAAUAAUAAUGAUAUUUUUGUAUAGAAGAUUCAGCUGUUCAGAUGUAAGAUGUUGAAAAAUGUUAAAAUCUGAAGAGUAAUUUAUCCUAGUGGUAAUGGUUAGAUGUAUUUGUACAGUUUAAAUCAAUAUCUCAAAGCUGUGCAGUCUUUUCUGUUACUGGGAAACUUUUAAACUCUAUUCAGAUGUUAAAAUAAAUAUGGUUAA